AUGGCCAGUCAAUCAAUCGUGGAGAUAGCACCGCGAGGUGAUGUCGUCCUCGUGUGUGGAAGCGCCGCCUGCACCAAGCUGCGCGUGGAGUCGAAAGUGCUCGCUCUCGCCUCUCCGGUCUUCCAAGCCAUGUUCGAUGAGAAGAAGUUUCACGAAGGCACCACGCUCGCCUCAUACGGCUUCGUUGAGAUCGCGCUCCCAGACGACGAUCCCCUUCCCACCAAGACGAUCUGCCAGGUCCUACACAUGCGCUUCAACGUCCUCGGCGAGCAUCUCAGGCCCAAGGACCUUGUGGACAUCGGCAUUGUCGCAGACAAGUACGAUUGCAGCCGCGCACUGAGUGGUCCCGCAUACUUCUGGUUCAGCCGACUGGUCGAUGCGGUGGAUGACAGUGGUCGGACUCAGCUCUUCAUUGCAGCGUAUUUGCUCAAGCAAGACCAACUCUUCCGUCAGAUAAGCCAUGAUAUGGUGAUGAAGACGUCAAACAAUGUGCUGCCCAUUGCCUACCAUGCUGAAUACCCCAUGCCCCUGCAAGAGGCCGUCGGUGCUCUCAACCGUCAGCGCUCAACUCUCGGCGUGAAGAUCGUGCGGUUCAUCGAGGAUGCCGUUCUCGACGUAUGCGAUGACGGAGGUCCCGGCCAGUGCACACCCGAGUGUCCCACGGUGAUGCGUGGGACAAAGUUCGUGCUUCAACUACGAGCUUGUAACCUGUGUCCCCCUUCUAAAAUUCUCAUUCGGCCUCUUGAGCAGACUUGUAUGGCUUUGGAGUGCUUCCAGCCAUUCGAGGAGAGUCUCUCAGGCUGUUCGGGCGGGUCAGUCUACUGGUGCAAAGGCGCCUUUUUGAAGCGCUCCGCCACAAUCAAACAGGAGUUCUCUGAUAUGGUGAAGGAGACGGAACAGAACGCACUGCGCUUGUGCCUCAAAUGUGUCCAGAGUGGCGAAAUCCAGCAGGGCAAGUGCGAGAAGGAUCAUUCGAAGUGA